ACCACUCUACAGAAAAGAGCAAGCACCUCCUCCAGGCUCCAAAAGCAGAGCAAUCUCAUACCAGGCACCGCUCACACCCAGCCAUCCUUCACCCAGGCAAGCAGCACGCAGCACCGGACCAGAGCCUCGUGUGCACCUCCUCCGCACGCAGCACGCGGGGACCUCGUGAGUGACGCCCACGAGCAGCCUCAGACGCCCCCGUACGUCUUCCUCUUCACACGAGCGCGACCGAGCUGGCCGCCCCUCGCACAGUCCGCCCGCGCCGCCUUCCUCUUCGCACGAGCUGGCCGGCCACCCGCUCCGCCUUCUCCUCACGUGGCGCGCUGCCUUCUCCUCGCGCGGCACCUGCCUUCGUGCGCGGACAAGCCGCCCGCACUGCGUCUCCGGCGCUCAACACCGGUCGCCGCCGUCGAUGAUAGAAGGAAAGACCAUCAAAGCUCAGAUAUGGGAUACUGCUGGGCAAGAGAGGUACCGUGCAAUCACUAGCGCUUACUACAGAGGAGCUGUGGGUGCACUUUUAGUCUACGAUAUCACAAAGAAGCAGACAUUUGAAAAUAUCCAGAGGUGGCUUCGUGAGCUCCGUGAUCAUGCAGACUCCAACAUUGUGAUCAUGAUGGUUGGUAACAAAUCGGAUCUGAACCACCUGAGAUCAGUUCCAGAGGAAGAUGGCCAGGCAUUAGCGGAGAAGGAAGGCUUAUCCUUCCUGGAGACAUCAGCUCUUGAAGCCGUGAAUGUUGAGAAGGCAUUUCAGACUAUUCUCGCUGAUAUUCAUCAAAUCAUAAGCAAGAAGGCGCUUGCUGCCCAGGAGGCAGCAGGCAGCGGGCCACCAGGACAAGGAACCACCAUCAAUGUUGCUGACUCGUCUGCCAACACAAAGAGAGGAUGCUGUUCUUCCUAGGGGCAAACAAAGAUGUGAUGGUACUGCAAAAGGAAAAUAUUAUGGAUCUUACAACACUGUAGGUGUUAUGUAGGUUGCCUUGACUCCUUUUGGCCUGUAACUCUGGUGGGGUUGUAAUCACAAUUCAUACUUCUGCAAAGAAAUUCUCCUCUCAGGUAGAUAUUUUGGUAGAGACCAGUGUUUGGCAGACUUGCUUCGAGAGGGUGUUUUCUUUCAGUGUUGAGUGUUCUAUCCUUAAAUAGUCUUUCUACUGAAAAGAACAAAAUCAAAUAUUUCUUGUAUUUCUACUUGAGUUUGUGGUAUGAUUCGAGACUUGGUUUCUGUGCUAGAA